UGAGCAAAAUCAGAGAGCUUGCGAAUAGAAGCAAAGAGAAGGGAUCCAUUCUCGUAAUCCGUCCGAGUUUUGAAGGUACGGAGAGCGAGUCAAGGGAAAAUCCAUCUCUGCAAGUUUCAGAGGCGAGAAGAAAAUCAAAGGAAACCAAUCUAUGAUUGUUUUGGAUAUAAGAAAAUUCAAGGGAAAAGGGGUUCCGUUCCGUUAUUUCUGGUUAGGAGAGGAGCACCGGCUACUGUAAUGGCGGAGAAUGGUGGCGUGCAUCUCCUUUCCAUACCUAAUGCUAACGGCGCUGAUGGAGAUGACGAGAGAGAUGAAGAAGAAGAAGAGGAGGAGGAAGAGGAGGAGGAGGAAGAAGAUGAGCCGAGGCUUAAAUACCAGAGGUUGGGGGGGAGUAUCCCAUCUCUGUUAUCGAGUGAUGCGGCAUCCUCCAUUGCCAUCUCUGAGCGUAUGAUCGCCCUCGGCACACACGAUGGGACGGUGCAUAUACUUGACUAUCAGGGCAACCAGGUUAAGGAAUUCUCUGCUCACACAGCUACAGUAAAUGACCUAAGCUUUGAUAUGGAAGGUGAAUAUGUUGGAAGCUGUUCAGAUGAUGGCUAUGUUGUUGUAAGCAGCCUUUUCACUGAUGAAAGACUGAAGUUUGAGUAUCAUCGACCUGUUAAGGCCAUUGCUCUUGAUCCUGACUACACGAGAAAAUCUUCACGGAGAUUUGUAGCAGGUGGCUUAGCAGGUCAGCUAAUUCUCAACUCGAAGAAAUGGCUGGGCUAUCGUGACCAGGUUUUACACUCUGGUGAGGGUCCUAUACAUACAGUGAAGUGGAGGACAACUCUUAUCGCUUGGGCUAAUGAUGCGGGUGUGAAGGUUUUUGACAUGGAAAAUGAUCAACGAAUUACUUUUAUAGAGAGGCCACAAGGCAGCCCACGCCCUGAGCUCUUACUUCCUCAUUUGGUGUGGCAGGAUGACACCCUCUUGGUUAUUGGCUGGGGAACAUGUGUAAAAAUUGCUGCUAUCAGAACGAAGGCAUAUGGAGCGCCUAAUGGAAUGCCAAAGCAAGAUUUACAUUUGCCAUGUUCAAGGCAUGUGGAUAUUGUUGCUUCUUUCCAGACCAGCUAUUUUAUUUCAGGAAUUGCACCUUAUGGUGAUGCCUUGGUUAUUCUAGCUUAUAUUCCCGCAGAAGAGGGUUCGGAGAAAGAGGUUAGCAGUACUGUACCUUCUCGCCAGGGUACUGCACAACGGCCUGAAGUAAGGAUAGUCACAUGGAAGAAUGACGAACUUGCAACUGAUGCUCUUUCUAUUCAUGGUUUUGAGCAUUAUAAAGCAAAUGAUUAUGCCCUUGCCCAUGCUCCUUUCACAGGAAGCAGUUAUGCCGGGGGCCAGUGGGCUGCUGGGGAUGAACCUUUGUACUACAUAGUAUCCCCAAAGGAUGUUGUUAUUGCGAAGACCAGGGAUGCUGAGGAUCAUAUUUCUUGGCUUCUCCAGCAUGGAUGGCAUGAAAAAGCUUUAGCUGCUGUUGAGGCGGGCCAAGGUCGAACUGAACUUCUUGAUGAGGUGGGAUCAAGGUACCUUGACCACUUAAUUCUGGAAAGGAAAUAUGCUGAAGCAGCAUCUCUGUGUCCCAAGCUGUUGCGUGGAUCUGCUUCAGCAUGGGAGAGAUGGGUUUUUCACUUUGCACAUCUUCGCCAGCUUCCUGUGUUGGUGCCAUACAUGCCGACUGAAAAUCCACGACUGCGGGAUACUGUCUAUGAGGUUGCUCUUGUCGCUUUAGCUACAAAUCCAUCUUACCACAAAGAACUUUUAUCUACAGUUAAAUCUUGGCCACCAGCUAUAUAUUCUGCAUUGCCAGUUAUUUCUGCUAUAGAACCCCAGCUCAAUUCUACCUUAGCUACUGACACACUGAAGGAGGCAUUAGCUGAGUUGUAUGUCAUUGAUGGGCAAUAUGAAAAAGCCCUUGCAUUAUAUGCUGUUUUGAGGAAGCCUGAAUUGUUUGACUUUAUUGAAGAUCAUAACUUACAUGAUGCCAUCCAUGAUAAGGUUUUACACCUAAUGGAACUGGACUGUAAAAGAGCAGUUGGCUUAUUGAUUCAGAACCAGGUCACAAUUUCCCCCUCUGAAGUAGUUUCACAACUAAUGUCUGGGGGCGAGAGUGACCAUAAAUAUUUCUUGCAUUUAUAUCUACAUUCACUUUUUGAAGUGGAUCCCAAUGCAGGGAAAGAAUUCCAUGAUCUUCAGGUUGAACUAUAUGCAAAGUACGAGCCACGAUUGUUGCUUCCUUUUCUUCGCAGUAGUCAGCACUAUUUACUUGACAAGGCAUUGGAAAUCUGUGUAAGCAGAGGCCUAGUGAGGGAGCAAGUCUUCAUCCUUGGUAGGAUGGGAAACACAAGACAAGCCCUGGCUGUAAUCAUUAAUGAGUUAGAGGAUAUAGAGGAAGCUAUAGAAUUUGUUGCCUUGCAACAUGAUGAGGAACUUUGGGAAGAGCUGAUUCAACAAAGUCUUCGCAAGCCUCAAAUGGUUGGAGUACUGUUGGAGCACACCGUUGGUAAUCUGGAUCCGCUAUAUAUUGUAAAUUUAGUACCAAAGGGUUUGCCAAUACCGAGGCUCAGAGACCGUCUUGUCAAAAUCAUCACUGAUUACCGGACAGAAACUUCUCUGAGGCAUGGAUGCAAUGAUAUCCUCAAGGCCGACUGCGUUAAUCUUUUGAUUAAAUACUACAACGAAGCUCGGCAUGCUGUCUAUAUUGGCACCAGAGAAGACCAUGUUUUUCAUAAUUCAGAGAGGGAGAGGGACACACAUUUGAUUAUUGGGAAGACAGAGACUAGCAACAGGACAACAGAAACGAAAUCUAAAACAAGAGGUGGUGGAAGGUGUUGCAUGUGUUUCGAUCCUUUCUCCAUUCAGAAUGUAUCAAUCGUUGUUUUCUUUUGUUCCCAUGCUUAUCACAUUACCUGCCUCACUGGCUCGCCUGAUUCUCUAACUGCGGGGACCGGAAGAGCUGUUUUGGUUUCGCUUCAAGAUUCGGAUUCAGAGGGUGGUGAUGAUUUCGAGUCUGGCGUGCGUUGUAUCCUUUGUACUACAGCAGCAACAGCUUCUUUAUAGGUACAGUGGCAUUGUAUUUUGUGGGCUUCGGUGGCUGUCUUUGGUUUUUUCAGUUUUCUGCGUUGUGUGCGCCUUUUUUCAUUCUUUGACGCCAUUUUCUGGUUUUGGCAUGUAGCAUAUCCCUUUGUGUUUGAUAGUCUCUCCCUCUCCUUCCAAGUCACCUGCCCCAAUUUAUUUCUUCGAUGGCUUUUUUGCAUUUUAAUCAUGCGGGAUUAGGGGGAUUUGAUUUGAGAUGAGGGAGAUAAGCUUAAUAUAUCUUAGUGUUGAUUGUAUGAUCGUGGCUAUGGGAUAAUAAGGUGCUCCUUACAAUAUCUUUGUAAAUUACUGACAAUGGAAGAUGUAGCCUAUUCAUUAUCCUUGAGGGGAAGUUUGAAAAGGUGGAUCAUGUAAUAUUUAUUCAAAGGAAAUUGCUUGAGUAGGUAGACUUCAACAAA